UCAUCCAUUCUUAGGGACACCUCUCUUCUGAUUCCACUGAUAUACCCCGAAUACAAAUAUAAAGACCACCAACAUGUGGAUAUAAGAUAGAGAUAGAAAAAAAUAUAGAUAUAGAAAAAGAGAGAGAGAGAGAGACGGCAUGGCUGCAUCAUUUCUCUCCACAGACUUUUGUCGAAAGCCUUGGGAUCGAAGGCAGGGAUAUUAAUCAUGGCAUGGAGGAACUAUAAUAAUCUUUUUGUGAUUGCAAAGCGGGGAGAGAGAGUAUUUUAGUUUAUAUUUAUAAAGUUUUUACAGAAGAAGAAAAUAAAAAAUUGUUUGUUGAGAGCUGAAGAGCGGUGUAGCCAUUGAUAAAUGUUCUCUCUUCCUUUCCUUUCCUUUCCCUUCAUUUCAAGGCGGCUUAAGGCAAAAGAUUUAAAGAGUAAAGGUGAAACUGCAUACGAAAAGGUGCUAAAAGCAUAGGAGAAUUGUGUAUUUUAUGGCUGUCACCUGAAAUACUAUUUCCUAGAGAGAGAGAGAGGGGAAAGAUAGAGAGAGAUUAGGUUUGGUUUUUAAUUGUUAGUCUUGGGAUUUUCAAGUGUGUUAAAAAAAUUAUUGCAUUAUAAUGGAUUCUGCAAAUAUUCAUAGACUAAAAAAACAUCAUCCUCAAGAUCAUCAUCAAGUUGUUGGGUCUUCUUCUUUAGCUACUUCUUGCUAUGGAGUUGCAAGCACUCAUUCUUGGACCCCUAACACCAUUUUAAACUCAGAUUGCUUCAAUUCAUAUCCUAUUGAAGGCAUUAUAAAUCCGAGGCAAGCGCAGCAAAACCAGAAUCCACUCUCUUCCUGGAAUAUUUCCAUGACUCCAGAAAUGGAAUUAUUUCAUUGGGCUAAUCCUACAGGAAAUUUACAAUCUGGAAGAAUUAAGGAAGAAUUUCCAGAUAAUUUUAACCCUAAAUUCACAGAGAUCUUAAACAGGCAAUCAUCAAGUAUUGAAGAUUUUCGCGUAAAUCCCUCAAGCUACAGCAAGAAUAAUGAGCUGAGAGAUUUUCCAUUUAACGAUCUCAGCGCAAAGCUUCUUCUUAGAACACUUUCUUCCGGAAAUCUUGGAAAUGGGCAGAAUAUUUCUCCACAAAAUUUUUACUCCAACUCUUUAAGCACAGGAAUUAAUGGAUCAACACAGAGUGGAAGGGGUUCCAGUCAGAUAUUUCCAAGCAUAAAUGUUUCCAAUUUCAAUCUGCAGUCGGCGCAAUUAGAAAAUUCAGGCAACAUGGACAUGAACUUGCAGGCACUAGAUCACCUUACGGCUUCAAAAUUUCAUGGAAAUUUUAUGAGCCCAAAUUCGCAGAAUGAAUUAGGCCAUUACAAAGAAGGUCUUUGUUAUGGCCUUGAUUAUAUGCAGCAAUCAAGCCAAAUGUCAAUGAAUUGCCCUAAUAAGAUAUCACCAUUAAGCAAUGGAGUUGCAGAAGCAAAACGAAGCAACAGUAUAUUGGAGCCAAAGGCACCAAAAAAAUCACGUAUAGAACCACGCACUUCUUGCCCACCACUUAAGGUUAGAAAAGAGAAAUUGGGAGAUAGAAUUGCUGCUCUUCAGCAGUUAGUAGCACCUUUUGGCAAGACAGACACAGCAUCCGUACUUAUGGAGGCCACUGGUUAUAUCAAAUUCCUUCAAAACCAAGUCGAGACUCUAAGUGUCCCAUACAUGAAGUCAUCAAGGAAUAAGACCAGCAGAGCAACAAAAGGGGUUUCCACUGAUGACGAGAACGAAGAACCAAAGCGAGAUCUUAGAAGUCGAGGGCUGUGUUUGGUGCCCUUGUCAUCCUUAUCGUAUAUAACUGACGGUGUUGGCGGAGCUGUUUGGCCACAGCCUCACUUCAACUGAUCCACCUAGCUACUGUUUGAAUAACAGCCCCAUAUAUUUACAACUUUUGACUGCAUUUAGGGCAAGAUAAAGAAUCAUGCUUACCAGAUGCCUUGAUAUAAUAUUGAAAUAAUGCCACGUCAUAUUCCAUCAUUGGACUGUUUUAAACACAGUCAGUUUUUCAUCAAAUUAUCUGCUGCCACCUCGGAUUAUGUCUUUGCAUCUAUUAAAUUACUUCUGGCAAAGUGGCAAAAUUCCAAGAUCAAAGAGAACCCUACUGUUCAUUGAUGGAGCAAACUUGGUCAUCCUACAAUAAAGGAGAAAAGAAGAUCUAGGAAUGGACCAAGUUUGAUCCAAUAAUAGUUCAGGUUUGUGUAAUCUAGUACCAUGCUUCCAUUUGAUAUUUUGUGUAACCUAUUUUAAUAUAUCUCUUAUUACCAGUA